AUGUCGGGUUUCAAUCUGCUCCAUCUAAUAAGCAAGAGUCAGCCAGUGACUCUGAGGUCCUGCAGUCUUCCCUCAGGAGCUGCUCGAACCAAGAAGACAUGGCCGGUGACUUUCUCUCAAGAGGAGAUAAAGAAACGUCUAACGCCCAUGCAGUAUCAUGUAACCCAAGAACGAGGAACCGAGAGUGCCUUCACAGGAGAGUUCACGUACCACAAGGAAGAGGGAACCUAUACGUGUGUCGUCUGUGGUGCGCCGUUAUUCAGCUCAAAAUCCAAAUUUGACUCAGGCUCAGGUUGGCCUUCCUUCUUUGACCUCGUGAAACAGGAUUCCAUUGACGUGUCAGAUGAUUUCUCCUAUGGGAUGCACAGAGUGGAGACCACCUGUGGGCAGUGCGGAGCCCAUCUUGGACACCUGUUCGACGAUGGUCCAAAACCCACCGGGAAACGUUAUUGCAUCAACUCGGCCUCGUUGUCUUUCCGGCCUAAAGAUUCGGAGGGGGCCUCUGGCACAACCUCCACUGGCGCCGCCGCAGUCUCAUCCAUAGAUGAGGGAAGGACAGAACUAUAA